GAUUCUUUACCCAUUCACAAUGACAGCGUUGCAGUUCAAUUUAGCACGAGACCCUGUUUGCAUAAGACAAAUAAUAAUGAAGUUGCUGGCAAUUCUUGAAAUACUAACUGGGAUUGUUACUAUUUGCGCCUCUCAGCAAACGGACGACGCAUUUUUGCAGAAUGUCCUGAACACUGGCCCUUUGUCAACUGGCAGUGCAGAUGAGGAGCGUGAUUCAUCGCUUGAAAGCUACCUCCAAGACCAAUAUUUUGAUUUCAAACAGCAGAUCGUCGUUGGAAAGUCGCCACUGUCAGCUGAAAAGUUUGACCUGAUGCAAAUAGUUCCUGUGCAGGAAAGAACAGGUUCGUCAACCACUCAAGACAAAAUACUUGAUUUUGUGCUGCCACACCCGGCGCCAGCAGAUCCGAAUAAAAUUAUAGCUGCGUCACUACGAAUUUACCUGCCCUCGCAAACAGAAAAUAAAUUGGAAGCAGUAGAAGUUUACCAAGUUGUGGAGGGUCAGCCACUCAAUUCAUCCGGAUCUCACAGAUUAAUUUCUGUGCAGUUCAUUGAUGUUAAUCCUGGGCAGGAUGGCCAAUGGGUUUCAUUUAACCUUCUUGCAACUGUUAUGGACUGGUUGCAAGGAAGCAAACCCAAUUUGGGACUGUUAAUUGUGGGUUUGCACUAUUUUAGGGUUGAAAAAGCAUUCCUGCGAAAGCCCACCAUCAGCAUUAAAUAUCACACAAGCUACAGAGGCUCUGAAAACGAAAACACUCCUCGAUUUGAAGUAACUGGCCCACAAAACGAGACCUUGAUUCACACAGACGAGAUUUUGACCGCAAUUACGAAAAACACAUCUUGCAAGAGAUUCGAGUUGAGGGUGAAUUUCCGUUUAUGGGGUCUGCUGGAGCCUCGGUAUCAAGAUAUCGGCUACUGUUCCGGUUCUUGCGGUAUAAGUGAACUUGGUCCAGGAGUUGCAGAGCACACGGCAAUGAUAGCGCUCCUCUCUGAAAGAGAUGAGAAGAUUUCUGGCCCUAAAUGCUCGGCUAGCAAGUACGCAAUGGUAGCUGUUAUGUAUAAACAGGCAAGUGGUAAUUACAUCAUAAAACAAAUUCCCCGAUUGGCCGUGAAGAAAUGUGAUUGUCACUAAAAUUCGUUUUGUUUUACCGUUUACAUAUAUUUGUAUUUUAUUGAUCCAUUCAUAAGUAUUCAAGGUAAUAAAGUACAAUAUCAAGAAUUUAUUUCA